AUGCUCUAUACCAAGUUGCAGCCUUCUAUUUUGCUACGACCAACUCUGCUCUUCAUUUUCUCAGCUUUCUCUUCACUGUCCGUUGGAGCUCCUAGUCAUUAUGAACUGGUGAUAGGAGAGAACAAUCACGACGUCGUUUCAUGGGGUACUCAAAGGCAUCUUCUUGAGGCAACAAAUGCUGAACCAACACAGAACACGUCUCUGAUUUUGGCUGCCGACAGAACACACAGAAAAGACCCUCGAAAUGGUUUUAAAUAUUACAAGGGUGGAUGGAAUAUCAGUGAAAAACAUUACUUCUCUUCAGUUGGGUUCAGUGCUGCUCCUUUGUUCAUACUAGGCGCAAUCUGGUUUGUGGGCUUGGGUUUGUGCAUGUUGGUCAUUGGUCUUUGCCACUGCUUCUGCCAACACCAACAUACUCACUGCUAUUCUCGAACUGCCUACUUACUUUCCCUCACAUUUCUCACGGUUUUUACCAUUACCGCAAUAAUUGGAUGCGCUGUACUGUAUUUGGGACAAGGGAAGUUCCAUAAUGAGGCAACGAAGACAUUGGAGUACGUUGUAGAGCAAGCAGAGUCAGUUGUGGAGAGUUUUGGGAAUGUGUCAACUUAUCUAAAUGCUUCUAAGAAUGUGGGAGUCGCUCAGUUCUCACUGUCUGCUAAUAUCAAGCAAAAAAUUGACAGUGUCGAGAAUAAGAUCAAUGCUUCUUCUACCAUUCUCCAACAAGAAACAGUGGACAAUGCCGAUAGGAUACAACAUUUUCUAGAUUCUGUGUCAGAGAUUGGCUCUUAUUAUAUUUGCCGCUGUGAUGCUGCUGUUCGCUUUGCUUGGUUUUGGAAUUAUUCGACCACAGACUCAUCUGGCACACGCCCAGAUCAAACUGACGAUGACGUAAAUCAGCAAACAGAUUAG